AAAACAAUGAAUAGUAUAGAUGAAGAACUUAUCCGUCCAAUAUACAAAAAUGGCAGAUAUCAAAAUCCUUUUGACACAUGGGAAGAUACACCUGGGUUAAGAAAUCUCUUCAAACUGAUGAGAUGUGAAGAUUUCAGCAAAAUUCCAAAUCAGAGGGAAUUGGAUAAAACCCUACCAGUGGAGAUCCCUGAUUUUGAGAAAUUACGGAACCCACCACCAUCUGAGAUGCAAAUAAUGUGGAUAGGACAUGCCAGUGUGUUGGUACAGAUGGAUGGGGUCAAUAUUCUCACCGAUCCAAUAUUCCGUGAUAGGUGUUCCCCAGUCCAGUUUAUGGGACCAAAAAGGUAUCGUCCUCCACCUUGUAAAAUAGAGGAUCUGCCACAUAUAGAUGCUGUUAUUAUCAGUCAUAACCACUACGAUCACCUAGACUAUGGUAGUGUUCAGAGUCUUAAUUCAAAAUUCAAAGAUAAGGUCACUUGGUUUGUAGCGGUGGGAACGAAGGAAUGGAUGUUAAAUGCAGGCUGUCAAAAUGUGAUCGAAUUGUCGUGGUGGGAUGAAGCGGAGUUACCUGGAAGACCAGACUUUAAGUUUGUCAGCGUUCCCUGUCAACAUCGAUGCGAACGCAUAUUACUUGAUACUAUGAAGGCUCUUUGGUGUAGUUGGAUAGUAAGGGGACCAAGGAAGAGUUUCUAUUUUGCCGGAGACACAGGAUACUGUAUUGGCUUUAAACAAAUUGGAAGAAAGUACGGACCUGUAGACUUUGCUGCAAUUCCAAUUGGAGCCUAUUAUCCAAGGUGGUUUAUGAGACCUAUGCAUGUAAACCCGGAGGAGGCUGUAAAAAUAUUUGAAGAUGUCAGAGCAAAUAAUGCCUUAGGUAUUCACUGGGGAACGUUCAAAAUGACACGAGAGUUUUAUUUGGAACCCCGGACUAGGCUUGAAGAAGAGUUGGACAAGAAGAGUAUUAGCAGAGAAAAAUUCUUCACCCUCCGUCACGGUCUGGUGCACAUAGUUGGACGUGAUAAACCUGAACAUGAUUGA